UGACGCGCGGGGCCGCCUCCAUUUCGCGGUGCAGCGCCGGUGUUGCGCAGCAGAUCGAGCCGUCUGUCGCCGGGGGAGGACAUAUCCGCCCGUCCGAUCCGCCGGUCGUCUGCCGCGCCGCACCGCACCGCGCAACCGUCCGGCUCGGCCUGCACCGAGACCCAUAGCCCAGCAGGGCCGCGCAAACACAGCCAUGAGCGGCUGCCGCGUCUUCAUCGGGAGGCUGAACCCGGCCGCCAGGGAGAAGGAUGUGGAGAGGUUCUUUAAGGGGUACGGCCGCAUCCGUGACAUCGACCUGAAGAGGGGCUUCGGCUUCGUGGAGUUUGAGGAUCCGAGGGAUGCAGAUGAUGCUGUUUAUGAAUUGGAUGGAAAAGAACUUUGCAGUGAGAGGGUGACCAUUGAGCAUGCCAGAGCACGCUCUAGGGGCAGAGGCAGAGGGAGGUACUCUGACCGGUUCAGUAGCCGCCGCCCACGCAGUGACAGGAGAAACGCCCCACCUCUAAGAACAGAAAAUCGCCUCAUAGUGGAAAAUUUGUCUUCCCGUGUCAGCUGGCAGGAUCUCAAAGACUUCAUGAGGCAAGCCGGGGAAGUAACCUUUGCAGAUGCACACAGACCUAAGUUAAAUGAAGGGGUGGUUGAAUUUGCCUCUUACAGUGAUUUAAAGAAUGCUAUCGAAAAGCUUUCUGGUAAAGAAAUAAACGGAAGGAAAAUCAAACUAAUUGAAGGCAGCAAACGGCACAGGUCCAGGAGCAGGUCACGGUCACGCAGCAGGAGCUCAUCCGGGUCUCGCAGCCGCUCUCGUUCCCGCAGCCGCAAGUCCUACAGCAGGUCACGGAGCAGGAGCCGUAGCAAGUCGCGGUCAGUUAGCAGAUCUCCACUGCCAAACAAGAGCCAGAAACGUGGUUCUUCCAGCAGAUCCAAAUCUCCGUCAUCCGUAGACCGGCAGAGGUCUAGAUCGAGGUCCAGAUCUGUUGACAGUGGCAACUGAACUAUAAAUAACUUGCCCUGGGGGCCCUUUUUUAAACCAUACUUGCUAAAACUUGUGGUAAGUAUGUGACUUUCUGUGGGAAAGGGUUUGGAUGGGGAGAGGGGAGGGAAGGGGGAACUUUGUAGAUGUGGACCGUGGUGGGAAGGGUUAUUGACUAAUUGUAUUAAAUGUUUUUGAUAACCCUUUUCUUGCUCACAUUUUUUGUGAAUGUCUGAAGUGUAUAGUUGUGUAUAUUGGCAGAGCUCUUUAUAACUGAACCAGACAAAUUUUUUUGUACUCUAAAGUCACCUGAACACUUAAUUCUCAGUAUAUUCAACUGUGAAUAGCGACUAAAAACAUUAAUGUCUCAGACUAAUAGCUUUAGACAUCUUAGAGCUCUAUAUGUGCUGUAUAUAAAGCUUUAUUGCAGAGGGUAUUUUUUUGUGCUUUUGAGACAUUGUUUCAGCUAUAGGUCAGCAGAUUAAGUGCUGGUUGGUACUGGUAAUAAAACUUUAUUUUAAAAUAUUUUCAUUUAAUAUGACUUGCACUACACUAAGAAGAUGCCCAUUUCACUGCCCUGUGGUAAUAAUAUUCUAUAAAGCACUCUUAUUUCUUGAUACCUAAGAAUAAAAUAGUUCAAAUAAAGUAUAAAGAAACA